AUGAAUGCAGCAGCUAGAAGACAAGACCAGUCUGUCUCAAAGGAUGCUGAUCGGGAGUAUGAAAUGGAAAAAGAAAAUGAACUUGACGAAUUUGAUUCAGACUUUAUUGAUACUGAAGACGAAAAUUGUACCGAUGGACAAGAACUUGAACGACAGAAGAAAUCCAAGAGAAAAAGGAAACCUGAAAAUAUUCAUUGGCUAGGGAAAAGACAAAACGUAACGGAAUGGAAGGCAAGGAUUAUCUAG